AUGACGGCAGGUCGCUAUGGAAACUGCGUUACGCUCCUGGCGGUCGGAGGAGAAAACAAGAGCGCGAGGACUCAUUUCGGUCCUCAUUUCAGCACCACGCGCCUCCUGGACAGCGCCCGAAUGAACUCGCGCACAGACUCCAGCCUCGUUUGCCUCAGAAGGGACAGAGCCGCAUCAGCACCGAGUCUAACCGGACAGGAUAGGGACCUCAAAAGAAAAACAAACCCACGUACAAGAGACACAGACUCUGCGAACCUGAAGGGCAGCAGCAUGUCUGAAACCAAAUCCAGCCAGCGGUUCCACAGCCUGAAUGCCGAGCAGGUGGAGGUUCUCCAUCAGGUUCUGUCAGAGGUGGUUCCAAUCCACGGACGCGGGAACUUCCCCACAUUGGAGCUGCGUCCUCGAGACAUCAUCAUAGCUGUUCGGGCCAGGCUGCAGAAGCAGGGGAUCACUGUCAGAGAUGUUCGUCUGAACGGCUCCACGGCCAGCCACGUCCUCGUCCGAGACAACGGAACCAGCUACAAGGACCUGGACAUCAUCUUUGGAGUGGAGCUGCCCAGUCAGGAGGAGUUCCAGGUAAUCAAAGAGUCAGUGCUGGGCUGCUUGCUGGACUGCCUACCUGCCGGGGUCAACAGGGAGCGGAUCAGCAGCGCGACAAUGAAGGAGGCCUACGUCCAGAAAAUGGUCAAGGUCUUCAAUGAACAUGACCGCUGGAGCCUCAUCUCCCUCUCAAACAACAGUGGCAAGAAUCUGGAGCUCAAAUUUGUGAGCGCGUUGAGGAGGCAGUUUGAGUUCAGCGUCGACUCCUUCCAGAUCAUUCUGGACCGUCUCCUGGAGUCCUACAUGCAGCAGGAGUCACAGCACAAAACUAAUUCUGUCCUAGCAGAGAGCAUGUAUGGUGACUUUGAGGCAGCCAUGGACCACCUGCGCUACCGGCUAAUCGCUACCAGGAACCCAGAGGAGAUUCGAGGGGGUGGCUUGUUAAAAUACAGCAACCUGUUGGUCAGGGACUACCGACCGGCCAGUGAGACUCAGAUAAAGACACUGGAGCGCUACAUGUGCUCACGCUUUUUCAUUGAUUUCCCCGACGUGCAGGAGCAGCAGAGGAAGAUCCUGUCCUACUUGAAGAACCACUUCAUUGGCGAAGAAAGAAGCAAGUACCAGUACCUGAUGACGCUGCGUCGUGUGGUAGACGACAGCACGGUGUGUCUGAUGGGACACGAGAGGCGUCAGACGCUGAACAUGAUCACGGUGCUGGCACUGAAGGUUCUAGGAGAGCAGAACAUUAUCCCUAACACAGACCAUGUGACAUGCUUCUACCAGCCUGCCCCGUACCUUGCUGAGCACAGUGCCCCUUAUCUAGCAGAACCCAGCUACUGCAGCUACUACAUACCCCAAGGGGGAUCAACUCUGCUUUACCAACCUUACCCCUUACACCUGAGCACACAGACUGGACUAGUCUGA